AUGAUGAAAGUUCACAAAAAGUUGAAAGCUUCCUCAAUUGCACCACCACCGCCAUCACCGCAGUGGGUUGAGCUUCCGGCGGAAAUCACGAUGGACAUUCUGCAGCGUCUGGGAACGAUAGAGAUAGUGGAGAGUGUGCAGCGGGUUUGUAGUACCUGGUGGAAGGUGUGUCAUGAUCCCGCUAUGUGGCGUGUUGUUUACUUGAAAUUUCAACCUGAUAUUCACCGGAGUAGGUAUCGGAUGUUGGAGAAGAUAUGUCGGAUUGCGGUGGAUCGUAGCCAGGGCCAAUUACUCAAAAUUAGCAUUGAAAAUUUUGGUAGCGAAGACUUGCUCAACUACGUUGCUGAGAGAUCAAGUCAGCUCAGACAUCUCCGACUUGUCAAGUGUGGUAACGUUGCUGGAAGUUUGACUGUAGCUGCCAAGAACUUCCCGUUGUUGGAGGAGCUGCACACUCACUUGACCUUAAUUACUGAAGAGGAUAUAGAAAGUGUUGGUCGUUAUUGCCCUUUGCUUAAGUCAUUUACAUUGAAUGCCAGUAAAUGUACUACAAUUGAAUAUUCACUAUCUCCUGAUGAUGGUCAAGCGUUAGCUAUUGCUAAAAGUAUGCCUGAAUUGCGGCACCUUGCCCUAAUUUUGAAUCCCUUGACAGAUGUUGGACUUCAAGCUAUUCUUGAUGGUUGUCCACACCUUGUAUCGCUUGACUUGCGUCGCUGUAAUAUUGACCUUGAAGGGGAUUUAGGAACAAGAUGCAGGCAACAGAUUGUAGAUCUAAAGCAACCUCGUGCUUCAUGUCAAGAUUAUGAAUUUGAUUCUGAAGUUUGUUAUUACAUUUAUUACUCGUCCUCUGAUGACUAUGAAGAUGAUUAUGAUAUUUGGUUAUAUAGGUAG